AUGGCAGCAAAAGGGGCAGCAGGACAAGCGAUUCCCGUAAAUCUUUUUUCUCAAUUUUUUGUUGCUGUGUAUGUUCAGGUGGAGCCUGCAUACAGUGAAGAGUCUCAGGUUGCUGUUGGUGGACUCAUGCAGAACUUGCUGGCAGAAAGCAGCGCAGCGCCUGAUAAGGAUGAAUGUGGCUGCUGUAGGGAUUCAUGUGGCAGCAAGGACGGUGGCGGGAGCAGGAGUUCGUGUGUAUGGGAGUCUGUAGCCAAGGCGUUGUUGCAACAGAGAAUGGAGGAAUAUCACCAGCUGCCAGUAGACGCUGUUUCGGAGGUGCCGCAGCAGCAGCAACCCCCUGGCACGGCGACAUCGAGUCAGGCAAGAGACACAGCAACCCACAAUGCCUUGCUGGCGCUGAUCCAUCGGUUCGAAUCCAAUCAAGAUAUCUGUUUAAAGUCGGAAUUUGAGCGCAAAGCAAGAGAGAGCACCAUGGCCUCCCCCCUGACCCGUCCGGCAGUGGGCAGCAGCCCAUCUGGUGUUGUUUGGCCUUCUGCAGUGGCGGCUGCUACUGGUGUUGAUACCCCGUUGUAUGGCCUGAACGACACCUCAGACGCAGCAGCUGUUUCUGCGCUCCUUAGUCUGCAAACACCCAGUAACAUCCGCUUAUUGCUGAAUGAAGGCUCUUCUAGUGGGACGAGGAGUGGCAGCUCCCUACAAACCCUUCCUUUAGCUGCAGCUGCGCCAGCAGGUGCUGCAGCAGAGGACAUUGAAAAGCUUAAUUUCCGUCGCGCUACCACGACUGCACCGCCAGGCUGCUCCCAAGUGUCCAUGGUAUUACCGCAGGAGCGGCUGUUUUCUGCCCUAAAGCUGCACGAGCAGGGACAGGUGCACUGUGAUGAGAUGCAGGUGCAACGCGAGCAAGCAGGCUUGCCGUUGACAUGGCUCAGGGAUGCGGUGCAGAACGAUUUGGGGGAGCUUAUAGGACCUCUAGACAACGCAGGAGGCAGCGCUUACUGCCUCGGAACGUCGGGGUUAGGACGGCAACGAGGGCCUGCUGUCGGAUUGCCUAGUCGCAGCUUUGCUACAGGCACUGCAGGAGAGGCACCGAAAGCUGUCUCCUCGUCGCAGUCCUGCAAGGAAAAAGAGUCACUCCAGCAGCAGCAGCAACGGCUCCCACCACACCAGUCAGAGAGGGGCGCCUCCCUCCACGAGGCGGAAGCCGAUGCACGGUUGACGGCUUUCCUCAGUAGCAUGUUUGGGGAAGAAUCGAGAGGCACUAUGCCUCCCGGCCUGCAGCAGCAGCAGCAGGAGAUGUCUGUGAAGAUGAGAGCUGGCAAUUCUUUUGGAGUUAUUGACAACGGCGAGGAGGUGUUCCUACAUCAUGCCCUCAGCACCCCUGAGGCUGCCUCCCAGCUGGCCACCACUGGAAAUCCGAAGCUCUCUGGUGUCGAAUUGAGCCGUCUGAUAUCUGCAGGAGGCAUGCAGCAGCAGCUGCAGCAUCAGCAUUUGCAAUACCCGGAACCCAAAGGUGAAGAUGGGGGGGGGACAGAAGUGGAAUCGGCAAACCGAGCUCUAGGAGAACUGAGGCCCGCCUGUUGCUACUUCCUCCUAGGGAAAUGUGACUUCAGCCGAUCUUGCGUUUUCUGGCAUCCUCCCCCCGAAGCAGAACCGUCCCUGCUUGUUUGUAAAUACGGGAGAGUUUGCAACGCCCAACAUGGACACCGCGUGUCCUACAAGGAAUUGGCUGCCGUGGUGCAUGCCUUUGUUCGGCGCUGCCCCCAAUUAGCUCCUGGGGAGUCUGGACGCUUGUAUCAUUACCUCCGAGUUUCUCGCUCUCAGCCGCAACAGCAAAUAAAGCAGCUGGGCGGAAGGCCAGUCCCCACGCUACCUCCUUACAUUGUACAUCACUUCUACAGGAUCUUAGACAGCGUGCAAGGCCGUGACCUUUCGGCCGUGAAUUCGGUCUGGCGCCGUUUGUUUGGCGAGCCGUUCCCAUACGCUAUGUUUGGUUUUGAGCAGUUGCGCACAGCCAUUGCCUCCAUCCCAGGUAUCCAGCUUACAACGCGCGGUACAAAUGUAAUUAUUAGCCGACGUAGCAGGAAGCCGGCAACUCCAUCGGGGGACACUCACGUUUCUCUGUUGGCAUUACCGGACCGCUUAAGGCCUCUCAUUGAACAGAGACCGCAGGUAUCUCAGCAAACGAGUCCUCAUAGUCAAUCUGCUACCUCCCUGGCACUCAUCACUAACACUGCUGAGGCCCUCGUGGCUCAGCAGGCACACCAACUCGUCGCUGAUACCUCGAGGACACCCGUGCUGAUGGAGCGUAAGCAAAACAAAACAGCACAUCUGGGCAAUCCUUUAUAG